CCCACCUUAUCAAACGAAAACACACAAAGCGCACAAUACAAAUACAUUUUUAAAAAGCGCACGACAUGAUGCGUUUUCAAAUGUACUAUGGGUAAUGUAGUUCGGUUAACAAUUAUUUAAUUUGCCUCGAUUUCAACAUCAUCUUUAAAAACUACAAAUCCCAGAAUAUAACGAGUUUUGUAAUAUACAGUAAAGGAAGGAACAGAAUGCAGAAGGGUGAAUGAUUUCGAAAUAAACAUCUACCAGUUUGUAUUCCUGGGUCUUUUAAACAGUGUUAUAAGUAUUUAGAGUAUAAAGCUUCGUGUAUGUUUGAUAGUUCAAAAGCCUACGGAAUAAAUGUGCAGAUUCACAUAUCUCACGAGUAUUUCAAGGGUAUGAAACAAAGGUAAUUGAACAUAUGCGGUAGAAACUUAGUUACUGGUAACUUUAGGAAAGAAGUCAGUUGUUUUCCAGUGUGCAAAUAUAGAGUAAAAUGACAGUGUGCAUAUUUUAAGGCUAUGUAAUUUGAUAUGAAUAGUUAGUAUUUACAGGUAUUUUCUUUCAAAGCGUGUUUUAUAUGCACGUAGAUUGAGUUUAUUUUACAACAUUGCGUUUUGUAAUUUGUUUAACAGGAAAUUUGUAUUUAUAUUCCCAAACAGUAGACAUUUCAUUGAGAAUGGGUAUUUGGGCUAGAAUAGGUGCUUUAAGUACAGUAGCGUGUGGUGCUGUUGUGUACUGGCUACAGCCACAUAAGAGGGUAGUACAGGCAGAUCGUGGUCGUGCACACCCUUUUCCGUAUGAACUCAAACUGGUUCAGGUUUUGUUCAGACAUGGGGCCAGGACUCCGUUGAAAUCGAUACCGGACAUACAAGUGGCUGAAUGGGUUCCAAACCUUUUGAAAGAUCCUUCUCACACAUCUAUGAAUUAUGUAGUCACUAACCUGAGUGGUGGUCCCAAACCACCCUCCCCGAUUGAGGACAGCUACAGAGCGCACACACUUACGGGAGGGACAUUUCCUGGCCAGCUUACCACUUUAGGAAAGCAGCAGCUGUACGAUCUGGGAGCCCGAAUAAGAAAAACGUACAUAGAGGAGUUCAACUUUCUCUCCCCGAUCUUCAGGUCUUCAGAAGUCUAUGUCCGUUCCACUAACAUUGUACGAACCAUCGAAUCUGCAACGUGCUUGCUGGCUGGGUUAUUUCAGCAGAAGCAGGAAGGAGCAGUGAAAAUCCAAACUUCUGAAGCAGAGACAGAGAUUUUAUACCCCAACUACCAUGGAUGUAAACUGUUAAAGCUACUGAGCAGACACAGAUGGACUGAAUCUGCUUUACUCCCGGACAUCGCUGAGGAUCUGAAACGGAUACAGAGCUUAUUGGGGAUUGUUGGGCACAAACAUGUAGAUUUCAUUCAACUACGGGACGACCUGGUGGCUAGAGAGGCUCAUGGUUUACCGUGUCCCACCGUGCUAAAGAACUGGCAGAAGACAGUUGAAGAGCGAGCUGUGGAAAUGGUAUAUUACAUCUAUGAGCCAAAUAAAAGUGAAAACCUUCAGUUGUCUGUCGGACCAUUGCUUCACACCUUGAUGGCCAAUAUUGAGAAGAAAAUUGAGAAGUCUUCAGAUGAUUCCCGAAAGCUGUACUUAUAUUCAGUACACGACACAACUCUGAUGCCCUGUCUGAUGGCGCUCGGCAUCUUUGACAUGAAAUGGCCUCCAUACGCUGCGGACAUCGCCCUGGAACUGUAUGAGCACCGCUCUACCAAGGAGGUCUAUAUCAAAGUGUCUUAUAUCGGUCAGGAUCAGCUUGUCAGAGGCUGCAGUGAUGUCUUCUGCCCACUGAAUGAAUUCAGAAAAGCCCUUUUACCCUACAUGCUGGAUUCCAAGAGACAUGGUGCUCUCUGUAAUCAAACUGAAAAUAUUACUAAAUGAAUAGUGGUUUACUUGAAUUUUAGUAUUUAUUCAUUUUCUGACAAUACCAGAUCUUGGACUUGGGAAGACAACAGUAGUGCUAAUCAGGGUCUGUGAAUCCAUGUCAGUAUUUUUGUUUUCAUAAUUUUUGGCAUCUUGCACUGAAAUAACAAAUAAAUGGGAUGGUAUUUUCAGUAGCAAAUAUAGGGCUUGAGUAUUUACUUUGAAUUUGAUUUAGAAAGUAUAGCUUAAAACACUCAAUGAGAUAAAACUAGAAAACAAAUCAAGUUGCACACAAAUAUUUAUUCUACCGUUUUAUUUUUUAUGCAGCUUGUUUUUGAGUUUUAUUUUUUGUCACAAUCGAACCAUUUUGCUGGAUCUAAACAGUUUGAAUAUAAAUAUCAAAAUAAUACUUCUGACACUGUACUGUGGCG